AACCGCGGCGACGCCAUCGUCAACAGAGACCUUGGUGGUCUGGAACCUUUGGCGCUGAGCUCUGCCCCUUACAGCCCACGCGGAUCACUUCUUUACGGACCAGCGGGAUGCUUGCCUCUCCCGCCCUCUCAGUUCAGACGGACCCCGGAGGUUGGCAGGAGCUCUGCUGAAAGGGAGCCGCCUUGCCUUCCACCUGACAGAUUGCCUAGUAGUCCCUGUGAUCUAGCUCCAGAAUCAGUGAUGGAGAAACCAAGCAUGUGUUCUACCAUCUCUGAUCAGCAGCUGCAGAGGCAGGAGGGACUGAGCAAGUCCAGGGUAGACUUGGCUGAGCAGAGUCUCAUUUCAUCUGCAAAAUGGCUUCAACGACAUGGGCUGAAGGCCAACAAAUUGUCUUUGCAGCAAAUCUUGUCACAGAUUGGAUUCCCACAUUGUGAAGAUUAUGUGACUUCUCUGGGGAGACCUGUGGCUUCUCGGUACGCUGAUGGCCUCUUCCCACAGUUCCACAGGGCAGAAGAUGGCCAAGUCUACAAUCUGACAGCUAAAUCAGAACUGAUCUAUCAGCUUGUGGAACAUUUAGCACAAGCUGUGGAGAGCUACAAGCGGCGGAUGGACUGGCUCACCAGCAGAAGCCGGCAGAUUUUUGGCAUCAUCUUGGAACAGUGCAUCACCAUAGUGCUGGAUUGGGGUGACCUUCUGGAGGGGGAGCUUGAUCUGUGCCAAGACGCUCUGACUAUGGUCCUCCAGGAGCAGGUGGCCCACAUAACCAAGUUCAAUAUCCUAUGGGUGUCUCAAGUGCCUGUGAAAUGGGAGAAGCAUGCCAUGCCUGUGACACCGCAAUCCAUAGCUGCAGCCAUCAGUUGGGUUGAAAAACUGACUUUUGAGCCACUGAUUGUGAGUGGGGUUAGCCGCCUGGACACCCUGUUGGAAGCUGGGAAAGACAAAACUAUUGAAUCCAUUUACUACUUUGUGGUAGGGGAAGUUCCUAAGGAAUCCAAGGAACUUCUCCUUGAGAGGGUUUUGGAGAUCCCAUGUCUGGUCCACACAGUGUCCUUCAACGCCAGAGGAGAAGGCACCAUAGCUUUCCUAAAGGACCUGAGUGCCAGGACCCACAGCAGAUUCCAUGCAUUUGCAGAGAGAACAGAGUGCAUAGAAUUUCCUGCCUUCUCCACAAAGGAUGAUGACAGUGUUAUUUCUUGCAAUUCAAGGAAACUGAAAGGAAAACUCCCUCCAGGGGCUGGAGUCAGAGAGGAUGUGUUUCUCAUUUGGAAGGAAAUGGAGGAGGCCUGUAGCACACUGGCACAAGUCCAGCGGCUGGUGGCUGAGCUUCCAAAGUCCACUGUGGCCCCAACAGACUGGGAGUCAGGAGCAGCAUCUGUCCAGAAUGAGGCAAAUCCAGAAGACAUCUGGGACUCUGAGAAGUGGCUACAGAAAUAUGGCUUGACGGCUCAGAAGCUGGAGUUUUAUGAUGUCCUUGCCGAUUGUUCCUUCCGCCACGCCGAUGGAGUUGUUGACAUAAAAGCCAAGCCCGAGGAUGAGUCUGAGCAGACCAGUGCGGAGACCAACAUGAAGACAAUCCAUGCAAAAUAUUGUAGCAAGUUUGUCCACGCUCCCUGGAAGGAUGGGAGCUUGGUCCAUGUCAAUAUCACCAAGGAGAAGUACAAGUGGUACAAUGAGAAAAUGCACACAGCCCUGGCCAGAAUCCAGAAGAGGAUUAAGUGGCUGCAGAAUGGGAGCCAAGUCCUCUUUGGGAAAGUGUGUGAAGAUUGCAUCUAUGUCCUCAUUGACACAUCUCACUCGAUGAAGAGCAAACUGGACCUGGUGAAGGGCAAGAUUAUCAGGUUUAUGCAGGAACAGCUGAAAUACAAAAGCAAAUUCAAUUUCGUGACAUUUGAUGGCCAGGCAGUUGCGUGGCGGGACAAACUUGCUGAAAUUAAUGAAGAUAACUUGGAACAGGCUCAGUCCUGGAUUAGAGAGAUUAAGGUUGGAAGCUCUACAAACACCCUGCAGGCCCUGCAGAUUGCUUUUGCUGAUCAUGAAACGCAGGUCAUCUACCUUCUGACUGAUGGGAGACCUGAUCAGCUACCUGAAAUGGUGAUAGACCAAGUCAAAGCUUUUCAGAAAAUCCCUGUUUAUACCAUCUCCUUCAAUUACAAUGAUGAGGUUGCCAAUGACUUUCUGAGAGAGCUUGCUUCUGUGACUGGCGGGAAGUUCCAGUCUUACAAUUUUGGUUGCAAGGACCCCAUUCCUCAAGAGGCUGUUCAGCAGAAUGGAGAUCUAACACUUUUGCUUCAGGAAAUGGAGCAGGGGUACAAUGAUCUGGACAAGGUGAAAAACCUUUAUUAUGAGUGUGUGAUCAUGGACUGGUGGUACAACGGAGAGAAGGAAGGUGACAGCAAGCAUCAAAAGGAAAUCUCUUCUAUGGUUUCAACCCCAGAAAAAUGUGCCAAACCUCAAUGUGAUGUUGAAUCAACACAAACCUCGCCCCCAAAUAUGUCAAAAAUACCAUGGGACCUUUCAAGUCAAAAGACUCAGAGAAAGAAAGUCCUCCAUGCAGAAUCAACCAAAACCAGCCUCCUCAGAAACCAGAUGUCCACCCUAAAGAACUCACCCUGUAGACAUAGAAAGGACAGCCUCUCCACCUGCAGCACCUGGAGUACUGCUCUAAGUGACAAAGAACUGAGCGCCCUGCUGACCAGCAAGUAUCUGGAUGACAAUUUGUCAGGAAGACCAACUAGCGAAGGGAGCCCAGCUUAUGACGGCAACUCUUUGGAGAUGUCCUCGGCAAACUGGCUGCUGACCCAUGGCCUGGUGGCGAAGAGACUCACCCUGAUGGACGCCUUGUCAGUGACGGCAGUGCCCCACAGCCCCACCUACGUCCCCAUCCUGGAUAAGCUUGUUCUUUCCAAGGUCUUUGAUGAGGUGUUCCCUCUGGCACAUGUGUGCAAGGACACAAAUAAGAUGACAUUAAUUAACCCCCAAGGAGUCAAACUCAAUCUCUACAAGCAGAAAGUGGAGCAGGCUAUUAAGUCCUACGAAAAGCGUUUGAAUAAAAUUGUUUGGCAAGCAUUAUCUCAAGAGGAAAAAGAAAAGUUAGAUGCAAUCAAACCAUUACAAUACUUGGAAAACAAGGCAGCUCUAAACAAGGCAUUAGAGCGGUCAAAUUGGCCUAUUUCACUGGAAGAGCUGUCGCUCCUGGAAAAUGAGAUUCUAGCUGGGAAAAUGUACAUCCAGCAGGCCAUGGAACUCCAGCAGGCUUCCAAGAAGAAUUGUGUGAGCCAGGGACCAGCAGAGCAGCAGAAAUCUCAAGGAAGCCCAAUAAGGAAAAUCAAAUCAAAAAAAGUAGAUCACCUCAAAGGCCAGAAAGUUAUUGCAAGAUGUGAUGAAAAUGGCUUUUAUUUUCCAGGGGUUGUGAAGAAGUGUUUGAGCCACACCCAUGCAUUGGUGAGCUUCAGGUACGGGGACACCAAGGUUGUGCCCACCUCCUUCAUCACGCCUGUUGGGGGCGCCAUGCCUUGCCCGCUGCUGCAGGUUGGAGACUAUGUGUUUGCCAAAAUUGCAACACCCGAAGGAUUUGACUUCUAUGUCCCUGCCAUUGUCAUAGCCCUUCCAAAUCCAAGUGUGGGCUCAGAAAAAUUCUACACAGUCCUGAAGUGUAACAACCGGAGAGAAUUUUGCCCUCGAAGUGCACUUAUAAAGAUCAGCCAAAACAAAUAUGCUAUCUCUUGCUCUCAUAUAAAGUCACCCCCAAUUAAGGAGGAUCCCAAAGUGGAAGACACAGAGUUGAGGAACUCUACUUUCCCACUCUGGCCAGUGAAAGAAGUUGACCCCAGGCAUUUCAAAGAACCAAGACAGGAGAACCCCAGAAGGAAGAAAAAGAAAGCCACCAACAGGCCACCUCUGCAGGAGACGGUGUCCUCAGACUCAGACGGCAUUUCCCACGGCACCAGAGAAGGCCCUCAGCCUGGGGUCUAGGGGCCUGGCCAUCAGCACCACAACUCCACCUCCAGCAGUUGUACCCUGUCUUCUGGGAGCCACCCACACCACAAAGGGUGAAGGACCAUCACUGAGAAAACUUAAAGCAGUCUAGUGGCAACUAAGUUUCUGAGAACCAGCGUUCCCCAGGGCUGCCCAGACCUCAGUACCCAACACUGCGGGACAAGCCCCUCACUGAGGUAAGGCCAUCACUCAGACCACCUCUGCCUCCCUGGGGUCCCCUCUACCCACCCACCUCUCCCACCUGUUUGAGAACAUUGCUUCUGGCUUCCCCGACAUGUUUUUUGUUUGUUUGUUUGUUUGUUUUUUGAGUCAGGGUCUCAUUGUGUAGUUUGGACUG